AUGUGUGGUAUUUUCGGUUACAUCAACUACCUUGUCGAAAAGGACCGUCGACACAUUCUAGAGACUCUUGUCAAUGGUCUUUCCAGACUCGAGUAUCGUGGAUAUGACUCCGCCGGUCUAGCUAUCGAUGGUGACAAGAAGAACGAAGUCUUUGCUUUCAAAGAAGUUGGAAAGGUCGAGAAAUUGAAGGAGUUGAUCGCCCAGUCAAACGUCGACUUGGAAAAGACCUACGAUUCCCAUGCUGGAAUUGCUCACACUCGCUGGGCUACUCACGGCCCUCCUUCUCGCAUCAACUGCCACCCUCACAGAUCUGACCCCAAGUGGGAAUUCUCUGUCGUUCACAAUGGUAUCAUCACCAACUACAAGGAAUUGAAGGCACUCUUGGAGAGCAAGGGCUUCCGUUUCGAGACCGAGACCGAUACCGAAUGUAUCGCUAAGUUGGCCAAGUAUCUUUACGACCAGCAUCCCGAUAUUGAUUUCACUGUCCUGGCCAAGGCCGUCAUCAAGGAGCUUCAGGGCGCUUUCGGUCUUCUCAUGAAGUCCGUCCACUACCCACACGAAGUGAUCGCCGCUCGCAAGGGUUCUCCUCUCGUCAUCGGUGUCCGCACUUCCAAGAAGAUGAAGGUUGACUUUGUCGACGUCGAAUAUUCGGAAGAUGGUGCUCUUCCUGCCGAACAGGCCUCUCAGAAUGUGGCUAUCAAGAAGACAGCCGCCAACCUUCUCGCGCCCCCUGACAAGUCGCUUUUGCACCGCUCUCAGUCUCGCGCUUUCCUUUCGGACGAUGGAAUUCCCCAACCCGCCGAGUUCUUCCUCUCCUCCGAUCCUUCUGCUAUUGUCGAGCACACCAAGAAAGUUUUAUACUUGGAGGACGACGAUAUUGCCCACAUUCAUGAAGGUCAGCUCAACAUUCACCGUCUGACCAAGGAUGAUGGCACCUCCAACGUCCGCGCUAUCCAGACCAUCGAGUUGGAAUUGCAGGAGAUCAUGAAGGGCAAGUUCGAUCACUUCAUGCAGAAGGAAAUUUUCGAGCAACCCGAAUCUGUUGUUAACACCAUGCGUGGUCGUUUGGACGUUGAGAACAAGAAAGUGACUCUUGGUGGUCUUCGUCAGUACAUCUCCACAAUCCGCCGUUGCCGACGCAUCAUCUUCAUCGCUUGUGGAACCAGUUACCACUCUUGCAUGGCAGUGCGUGGUGUCUUUGAAGAGCUUACUGAGAUCCCAAUUGCCGUCGAACUGGCCUCCGAUUUCUUGGAUCGCCAAGCUCCAGUCUUCCGUGAUGAUACUUGCGUGUUUGUCUCCCAGUCUGGUGAGACUGCAGAUUCUCUGAUGGCACUCCGUUACUGCCUCGAGCGGGGCGCCUUAACUGUUGGUAUUGUCAACGUUGUCGGUUCCUCGAUCUCUCUCCUCACUCACUGUGGUGUGCACAUCAACGCCGGCCCUGAAAUUGGUGUUGCCUCCACCAAGGCCUACACUUCCCAAUUCGUCGCCAUGGUCAUGUUUGCACUUUCCCUCAGCGAGGACCGUGCUUCCAAGCAGAAGAGGCGCGAGGAAAUUAUGGAUGGUCUUUCCAAGAUUUCUGACCAGUUCCGCCAAAUCCUCAAGCUCAAUGACCCGAUCAAAGAUAUGUGUGCCAAAUUCUUCAAGAAUCAGAAGAGUCUUUUGCUUCUUGGUCGUGGUAGCCAGUACUCCACAGCUUUGGAAGGUGCCCUGAAGAUCAAGGAAAUCUCGUACCUCCACUGCGAGGCUGUCAUGUCUGGUGAAUUGAAGCACGGUGUUCUUGCCCUGGUUGACGAGAACCUCCCCAUCAUCAUGAUUCUCACUCGGGAUAACAUCUUCGCCAAGUCAUUGAACGCAUACCAGCAAGUCAUUGCCCGUGGCGGUCGUCCCAUCGUCAUUUGCAACGAGAACGAUGAGGAGUUCCCAACUUCUCAGACUGAGAAGAUUGAAAUUCCCAAGACGGUGGACUGCUUGCAAGGUCUCCUUAACGUGAUUCCCUUGCAGCUGAUUGCCUACUGGCUUGCCGUUGGUGAGGGAUUGAAUGUCGAUUUCCCUCGAAACUUGGCCAAGUCUGUGACAGUCGAGUAA